AUGAUUGGAGACAUUGUUGACUCUCAGCGUUCGCCCAUUUCGCAACCACAACAGCAACAACGAGCAUUCAGAGAGUCUUGUCAAAAUUGCGCAGACUCAAAGGUCCGAUGCAGUAAAAACAAGCCGACGUGCGCGCGUUGUGCUCGCCGAGGCACGCCUUGUGUCUACCAACAAUCCAGACGUGCUGGAAGAAAGCUCACAUCGGUCGGGCAGGCCAAACAAGCGCGCCGAGCUGCCACGAAUGCCCUAAGCGACUUAUCAAGCUCAUACACUUGGGAAAUCGACAUCGAAAAUAAUGACUUGCAGCUAUCUCCUCCCAGAUCCGACGCCACACCAAACACCACCUUUAGUCAAAUGGGCCCCAACGAUAGCCAAGCAACUUCGGAAAACUUUUCGCCCGUGGAUUCUUUUCCCGAUAGUUCCGGGUCGACAGAGUGGUGUUCCAACAAGAUGUUCGAAGCACUCUGCAUGCAACCGGUUCCGCUCAUGUGCGGAGAUGACGCCGACUUUGCCCUACGCAUGUCGCAGGACUUGACAACCUUGAACGAUGAAUUUCUUCAUUUGGACAGUUCAGGUAGAAGUUCAAUCCCUGUCGACCUAGCCCCUGAGUUUCUUGCAUUGCCGUUGGCAUGGCCAAGCACUGCAGGAGACGCCCACGCGACUGGCUACGAGCCUGACGAUAUAUCCCCAGCCAAGCCGAUAUGCAAGAAAAACUGUACUGCCGUCAUCUCUCGACUACUUCCAGAAUUAUUCUUUUCUUUUGGCAGCAGAUACGAACGCAACCAGCUGCAAGGCGAAUCAUUGGGCAAUAUCAUGGCAUGCAAUGAGAGUAUGUCGGAAGCGAUGAAUAGCAUUCUCGAGUGCGAGUGUAGCCAAGAUAUCUAUGUGCUAUUCGUUGUCGGACUGUGCACCUCGAAAGUCAUGUCUUCCUAUCUCGAGGCAAUGCGCCGUGAGUGUCUCAAGAAUACACAGCGAGCCGGCGACCUAUACACCACGAACGACUAUCAGCGAAGCGCACUAGAUGUAGAAGAUGAAGAUACCAAAGCCGAGAUGAUGGCAGCUCGCAUGGUCCUCAGUGGGCUCCAUCGCAUCCAGCACCUUUUGGCUCGUCUAUCUGAUCGUCUCAAACAGACAGAGCCCGAAGGGGAGCUUGCCAACGACUACGCUGGGCCAGGAGGGCUGACAGGAAAUGAGCUGCGGAAUCCAUUUCCUCGCUCGAUGCUUCAACAGCUUGAAUGUAGCUUGCGAGCCCAUCUCCGCUAUGUUUUUGCAGUAUGCCAUGCGCGGCUUGGGGCGCAUAACGCUGAUCCACUGUCUACAUGGACUACACAAUGCAGUGUUGAGUGCAGAAGGUGA